AUGGGGGACUUCCAGCAGUUUGAGCAGGACUUCUACCAGACACGAUAUUUCAUAGAUGACCAGGGUCAGGCUGUGGCCUACUACGAGACCUAUAAUUCCUCAAGUCCUGCAUAUUACAAUGACGGAUCAGAGGCUUUCAUGCCAGAUACUAUGGAUCCUUCCAUGGAGCAACAGUCCACUGGACACUUCUACCAACCUGUAAUGCCUUCUGGGACUGUAGGAAGCACGGGCACAAAUUCUUACGAAGAGGAACCUCCCCUUCUUGAGGAACUUGGCAUUAAUUUUGACCACAUCUGGCAGAAGGCACUGACAGUGUUGAACCCUUUUAAGCCUGCAGAUGGCAGCAUCAUGAAUGAGACUGAUCUGACGGGUCCCGUCGUCUUCUGCAUUGCACUGGGGGGGACUUUAAUGAUGGCAGGUAAAGCUCACUUUGGUUAUGUGUAUGGGACUAGUGCUACAGCCUGCAUUGGGAUGUACAUUCUGCUGAGUCUGAUGAGUUCCCUGGCAGUGUCUUUCGGCUGUGUGGCCAGUGUCCUGGGCUACUGCCUUCUGCCCAUGGUGGCCCUCUCUGCACUCGCUGUGUUCUACUCUUUACAAGGCAUCCUGGGUACAGUUCUGGCCUUGGUAGGGAUUUGUUGGUGUAGUUUCUCUGCCUCCAAGAUCUUCAUCUCCACCCUGGCUAUGGAGGGCCAGCAGCUGCUGGUGGCGUACCCCUGCGCCCUGUCCUAUGGACUCUUUGCACUGCUCACUGUAUUUUAGCUAUCACCAGAUUGAACCUAGAAGGAAAUCUUUAUAAUUCAACAUUUUUUUCACUUCCUUUUCAAAGUUAAAGGGGAGUUCUGUUUUCACCCCUAUUCUAUUUUAAGGUCCACGGUAACAUUAAGGAGGAUCUAUUGGCAGAAAUGGAAUAUAAUAUAUAUAAUAUUCAUAGGUAUGUUUUCAUUAGUAUGUAUUCACUACAUAGGGAGUGGAUCCUCUUUAGUCCACCAUUUGAACCACCACGCUUCUACAGAAUGGAAAUGCCCAGAAUGGACCUGCCCAAACACCUUGCGAAGCUCUGCGGCGAAGGCAUGGAAUACACUCAUUAGGAAACUUUACUGAGCUCAUAAAUCAAUUCAGAAGUCGGCUCAUUCUCAAUAAAACUGGAUGGAAUUGGUUUUUAUUACAGCCAA